CUCAUCUUCAGGGAGGAGCUUUGUUUGCUCAAAGUAUAUAAGUAGAUGGAAUCGGUCUCAGUGCAUCACACAUUCUAUCAUCACACACCAUGGCAUUUAAGGUAUUUGCACUUGCCGCCCUUGUGGCCGUUGCCCUUGCCCGUCCUGAGAACAUUCCGUCCUAUGGCUAUGGUGCCCCAACGCCCUCUUCAGGACCUGCCAAGUACGACUUCAACUACGCCGUCAACGACCCUCCAUCUGGCAACGACUUCGGUCAUCAGGAGGCCCGAGAUGGCCCUAACACUCAGGGUUCCUACUACGUCCUCCUUCCCGACGGUCGUCUGCAGAAGGUCGCCUACACCGUCAACGGCGAUUCUGGUUACGUGGCCGAUGUCACCUACGAGGGUGAGGCCUCCACACCACGCCCCUAUACACCCGCCCCUCAGUAUGGGUAGAUAUUGUAAAAUCUAUGUAUAUAAAUGAUUUAAUAAACUAGCAUAUUUA